AUGAGAGAGCCGGCGCUGGCAGCCAGCGCCAUGGCUUACCACCCUUUCCACGCGCCACGGCCCGCCGACUUCCCCAUGUCCGCCUUCCUGGCGGCGGCGCAGCCCUCGUUCUUCCCGGCGCUCGCGCUGCCGCCCGGCGCGCUGGCCAAGCCGCUGCCCGACCCGGGCCUGGCGGGGGCGGCGGCCGCGGCGGCGGCGGCCGCAGCGGCGGCCGAGGCGGGGCUGCACGUCUCGGCACUCGGCCCGCACCCGCCCGCUGCGCAUCUGCGCUCGCUCAAGAGCCUGGAGCCGGAGGACGAGGUGGAGGACGACCCGAAGGUGACGCUGGAGGCCAAGGAGCUGUGGGACCAGUUCCACAAGCUGGGCACGGAGAUGGUCAUCACCAAGUCCGGGAGGCGCAUGUUCCCCCCCUUCAAGGUUCGAGUCAGUGGCCUGGACAAGAAGGCCAAGUACAUCCUGCUGAUGGACAUUGUGGCCGCUGAUGAUUGCCGCUAUAAGUUCCACAACUCCCGCUGGAUGGUGGCAGGCAAGGCUGACCCAGAGAUGCCCAAACGCAUGUACAUCCACCCGGACAGUCCGGCCACUGGGGAGCAGUGGAUGGCCAAGCCUGUGGCCUUCCACAAACUGAAACUGACCAACAACAUCUCUGACAAGCACGGCUUUACCAUCCUGAACUCCAUGCACAAGUACCAGCCGCGCUUCCACAUCGUGCGCGCCAACGACAUCCUCAAGCUGCCCUACAGCACCUUCCGCACCUACGUGUUCCCGGAGACCGACUUCAUCGCUGUCACUGCCUACCAGAACGACAAGAUCACGCAGCUGAAGAUCGAUAACAACCCGUUUGCCAAGGGCUUCCGGGACACCGGCAACGGCCGGCGGGAAAAAAGGAAGCAGCUGACGCUACCGACGCUGCGCCUGUACGAGGAGCACUGUAAGCCGGAGCGCGACGGCGCCGAGUCAGACGCCUCGUCCUGCGACCCUCCGCCCGCGCGGGAACCGCCGCCCUCCCCAGGCGCAGCGCCCAGCCCCCUGCGCCUGCAUCGGGGCCGAGCCGAGGAGAAGUCGUGCGCCGCAGACAGCGACCCGGAGCCCGAACGGCUGGGCGAAGAGCGCACCGGGGUGGCUCUAGGCCGCAGCCCGGCCCCGGACAGCGCCAGUCCCCCUCGCUUGACAGAACCUGAGCGCAUCCGAGAGAGGCGCAGUCCGGAGCGGGGCAAGGAGCCUGCCGAGAGCGGCGGGGACGGUCUGUUCGGCCUGCGGAGCCUGGAGAAGGAACGCGCAGAAGCCCGGAGGAAGGACGAGGGGCGCAAGGAGGCGGGAGAGGGCAAGGAGCCGGGCUUGGCGCCGCUGGUGGUGCAGACAGACAGCGCGUCCCCUCUGGGCGCCGGACACCUGCCUGGCUUGGCCUUCUCCAGUCAUCUGCACGGGCAGCAGUUCUUUGGGCCGCUGGGAGCCGGCCAGCCGCUCUUCCUGCACCCAGGACAGUUCGCCAUGGGCCCCGGCGCAUUCUCCGCGAUGGGCAUGGGUCACCUGCUGGCCUCGGUGGCAGGCGGUGGCGGCAAUGGCGGAAGCGCCGGGCCCGGGACCGCCGGCGGGCUGGAUGCAGGCGGGCUGGGUCCCACAGCCAGUGCCGCGAGCACGGCGGCGCCCUUCCCGUUCCACCUCUCCCAGCACAUGCUGGCAUCUCAGGGAAUCCCAGUGCCCACUUUCGGAGGCCUCUUCCCCUAUCCCUACACCUACAUGGCAGCAGCAGCCGCAGCGGCCUCCGCUCUGCCCGCCACCAGUGCUGCCGCGGCCGCCGCCGCCGCCGCGGGCUCCCUGUCCCGAAGCCCAUUCCUGGGCAGUGCCCGGCCCCGCCUGCGCUUUAGCCCCUACCAGAUCCCGGUCACCAUCCCGCCCAGCACUAGCCUUCUCGCCGCCGGGCUGGCGGCCGAAGGCUCUAAGGCUGCGGGCGGCAACAGCCGGGAGCCCAGUCCCCUGCCUGAGCUGGCUCUCCGCAAAGUAGGGGGCCCGUCGCGAGGUGCCCUGUCACCCAGCGGGUCCGCCAAAGAGGCGACCAGCGAACUGCAAAGCAUCCAGAGACUGGUGAGUGGGCUGGAGAGCCAGCGAGCCCUCUCCCCUGGCCGGGAGUCGCCCAAGUGAAGGGGCCGACCAGCUGCCACGCAGGCCUCCCGGGCUGCCACCCCCGCCGCUUGGGACGUGCACAGCACAGAAUGGGUUAUUUAUUUAAAUAAAGGAGCAAAAGCGGGCUGCAGCGGCCAGACUAGAGCCUCGACUGGCCAGCCGGGGCAUGGGGCGCUUCCCGGCCCUCGACAGGGAAUCAGGUUGCCGGGAACAUGGCCACUUUGGGGCUCCUGGACUCGGUCCAGGUCCGCUCCAGCGUCAGAGUGGCAUCAGCGAGGUCUCUCCGGGCCUCCCACGCUGCUGGGCAGGCCUCUCCCCGGGCCCAGCGGCCCCCACGGAAGCCAGAGGCACAGGGGCCGGGGGUGGGAUUCUCGGAGGAAGUUCCGGAGGCCCUGGCCCUGGGCCUGGACCGCGUGAGAAACUGGGCUGCAGGGGGCCGGAGCCAGAAAAGAAGUCAGUGUAGACUUAGGCUGGGAGGGGACCUGUCCUGUUGGUCUCCCACCUCUUCCCUGGAUAGACAGGCGCCCUUCCCACCCCUGCCUUGAGUCCCCAGGGGGGGAAAGAUAUUUAUGAAAUAAAUGGUAAUUUGUGUAAAUAAGCUUUAAGGUCCCCAGAAUAUGCAAAUUGGUAUUAAUUUAUUCAAAGGUGUACAUUGCUGUGUACAUAUAUUUAGAAAUUAACUCAUAGCAUUUAAAUUUUUUUUUUUCAUUUUACAUGAGCAUCUAUAUUGUACAGGGCUGGGGGUCCCUGGCUGCGGGAGAAGGCCCCGCGCCCAGGAGGAGCCCCCCACCCCGCCGGCCCCUCAGCCCCUCCGCCCGGGCUGGGCUCGCCCGGCUCGCGGGCUCCACCUCAGGUUUUCACUUUUCGCUGCGGAGCGAGAACGAAACGACAAAAACGCGAGAAAACAAUAAAA